CAGGCGUCCUGCAAACUGCCCGGUGGCGACCUGAGAGCGAUCGAUGGUGGCAGCUGCGCUGAAGCUGUUGGCAAGGAGGAGGAGGAGGAGGAGGAUGAAGGCGUGGAGUUCGGGACGCUGUCUAAUAAAUUUUCUUCUCGAAAAUAUUACCGCAAAAGCACAUCACGCUCGCAGAACUUAAAGCUCCAAGAAGGGGGCGAGGAAGAACCGGAAAGAAGACCUCGGCGCCGUCGCAAGAACACCCCGUACUGGUACUUCCUAAAAUGCAAGGCCCUCCUCAGGGAUGACAAGCUGGCGGAGGCGCUGGAGCUGUUCGAGGUGCAGAUGCUGAAGGAAGAGCGCGUGCAGCCGGAAGAAAGCAAUUACACCGUUCUCAUCGGCGGGGGGGGCCGGGUCGGCUACGUGAAAAAGGCGUUCAGGCUCUACAACGACAUGAAAAAACGAGGCUUAGCUCCCACCGAGGCCACGUACACAGCCCUGUUCAACGCCUGUGCCGAGUCGCCGUGGAAGGACUCGGGGCUGCAGAGCGCGCUCAAACUACGGCAGCAGCUCAAGAGCAAGAACGAGGAGCUGAACUUGAUCACAUACCACGCACUGCUGAAGGUCUGCGCCCUCUGCUCAGACCUCAGGAUGUGCUUUGAGGUGGUGAAGGAAAUUGUGAACAAGGGCCAUGUUCUCACAGCCGAGACCUUCAGCUUCCUCCUCAUGAGCUGCAUAAAGGACAGUGAAAAUGGCUUCCGAUAUGCCUUACAGGUUUGGAGACAAAUGGCUGAACUCGGAAUAAAGGCCGACAGCCACUCUUACAAUUUGAUGCUGCGCGCUGCGAGAGACUGUGGGAUAGGCGAUCCGGUCGUGGCUUCGGGACUCCUGCUUGGACCCGCCCGGGAGAACUCAUCUCAGCUAAGGCUUGCACCCGGCAGGCAGAAGGAAAAGGGGAAAAGUCAGAGGAAGAAGGGAUCAGAGAGUGUGGCUGCUGUGCAGCUGGACGUGGAAGCUCUGGAAAAGCAGUUGUUUCAGGAGAGUUGGGUACAGCCUGGAGAACUGAUCCAGCAACAAAACAGCCAUGUGAAUCAGGCUGAAACAGAAGCAGCUGGUCCCAGCAGCACCAGCGUGGCUCACAGCAGGACUGGAGCGUUGGUGAGGAGAGGCCAGAACGAGUUGGAGCAGGAACAGAAGCAGCAUUCCCUGCCCAACCUGCUGGAUUCCAGGAUGUCUGACGCAGCCGUAGUUUCCCUGGGGACAGUGGCCACACGGUCAGAUAGACUGGCUCUGAUGGGGGACGUGGAGGGCUUCUUGAACAAAAUGAAAGAGGAUGGCGCAGAACCCAACAUUAAAACGUUCACAUUACUGGCUGAACUGGUGGAACCCCACAGCCCCUCAGAGUCCUCUUUGCUGGCACUCCUAGAUGAGCAUAAAGUGAAAGUAGAUGUGACUUUCUUUAACACUUUAAUAAGGAAGAAAAGCAAACAGGGAGACCUGGAAGGAGCAAAGAGUGUGCUGCCAGCUCUAGUGAAGAGGGGACUGUCACCCAACCUCCAGACGUUUUGCAACUUGGCCAUCGCUUGCCGCCAGGAGAAGGAUGGGCUGCAGCUGCUCUCAGAUUUGAAGAGGUCUGGAGUAACUCCCAACAAGUACAUCUACAGCACCCUCAUUGCUGGUGCUGUGAGGCAGCUGGAUUACAGGUACCUCACGGAGAUCCUGCGAGACAUGAGGAAUAACCAGGUGCCUCCCAAUGAAGUGAUCAUACGCCAGCUGGAGUUCGCAGCACGGUACCCUCCGAAAUUCGACAGGUACAAGUCAAAGAACCCGUAUCUGGAGAAAAUUGAUGGUUUCCGUGGCUACUACUAUCGGUGGUUAAAAGUAAUGGCAGGAGAGGAGACUCCCCACCCCUGGGAAAAGUACAGAACAGCAAAACCUGCAGCAGAGGCCAGUAAGGACGAGGCUGUGCAGGAGCAGCCAGGGCAGAAGGAGCAGUCAGGGCAAAAGGAGCAGUGA